AGCGCCCCCCCGGCGCUGGCCGGCCACGGCAAGGGCCCCCUCCGGGGGAGCCUUAAGGCAGCCAACAUCAAGCGUGAAAUGACCUUCCAUGCAUUUCAACAGGAGGAUGUAAAAAGUGACAUCAGUCGAAAACUGCCAGACCAACAGUUUCUCCUGUUCACCACAAAGGAGGAAGAUUUAAAAACAGCAGAGACCAAAAAACUAAACAGAGCUCAUGAGUAUGAAAAGGAAAACACUCGUUCAGUUUGUCUUCUGGAACAGAAGCGCAAGGUUGUUUCUUCAAAUAUUGACGUGCCUCCAGCAAGGAAAUCUUCAGAAGAACUGGACAUGGAUAAAGUAACAGCAGCCAUGGUACUCACCAGUUUAUCCACCAGCCCUUUGGUCCGCAGCCCUCCUGUCCGACCCAAUGAAUCCCUGAAUGGGUCUUGGAAGGAAGGAGGAUUUGUGCCUUCUAGUACCAGCAGCAGUGGAUACUGGAGCUGGAAUGCUCCCAGUGACCAAUCCAACCCAUCCACCCCAUCUCCACCUCUGUCAGCUGAUAGCUUCAAAGCUUUUCGGACACCUUCCCAGCCAGAUGAUGGUAUUGAUGAAGGUGAAACAAGCAACCUUCUCUUCGAUGAACCCAUUCCUAGGAAGAGAAAGAACUCCAUGAAGGUGAUGUUCAAAUGCCUGUGGAAGAACUGUGGGAAGGUACUGAGCACAGCUGCAGGGAUUCAGAAACACAUACGGACCAUUCACCUUGGACGUGUAGGAGAGUCUGACUACAGUGAUGGAGAGGAGGAUUUUUACUAUACAGAAAUCAGGCUCAACACGGACUCAGUAGCUGAUGGCUUAAGCAGUCUUUCCCCAGUCUCUCCAUCUUUAGCAUCUCCUCCUUCCUUUCCCACCCAAGACGCAAUCCGUCCUGAAACUUCCUGUGCCAAAACCGAGACUAAAGUGAUGACACCUCUGAGCCGCUCAGCUCCUACCAACCUCUACCUCGUACACACGGACCACGCUUACCAGGCCACUCCUCCGGUGAACAUUCCAGGGUCAGCAAAAUUCACUCCCAAUGGCAGUAGCUUUAGCAUCUCUUGGCAGUCACCUCCUGUUACCUUCACCGGCAUUCCAGUCUCACCAACCCAUAAUCGUCCUGCAGGGAGUGGAGAGCAGAAACAGUCCCACACAGUUCUUUCAUCACCGCCUAGAGUAGCAUUUGGCUUGAGGAAGCCUAGAGGGGAGGGGAAAAAGUGUCGGAAGGUCUAUGGGAUGGAGAACAGAGAUAUGUGGUGCACUGCCUGCCGAUGGAAGAAGGCCUGCCAAAGGUUCAUCGACUAACGAUUGAAAUUAUGCAGAGGAUUUGGGGAGAGGGAGGACAACAGCAGAAGCAGAUUGCUGCAGCUGCACUGUAUCACUUCCCAUUUUCCCCUCCAGUGAUGUGGUGUUGGGCGUUUUGGUUUUUUGGGGUGGGUUUUUUUGUCUGUUUUUUUGUUUUUUAAGAGCUUUGUAUUUCAAAAUGAAGCACUUGUAGCCAAGGAGAAGCACUAAUUAAAACCUGUGUGGAGCAAUAGAGAAAAAAAAAAAAAAAGCAAAACCAAGACCACACAACAAAAUCUGUCUCAGUAAGUGUGGAGACCAGAGCAGCUAUUAGUGUUCUUCUGUAAAAGAAAGGAAAAGUUAAUUAUUUUGCUAACUCUGUGAGCUGCUUGCUCCCUAGGAUCAUUUUUAACCAUUUCAGUCUUUCUGCUGUGAACAUCUGUAUUUGCUAAACUGAACAAUUUUUCUUUUCCUGAAAUGAAGAUCUCUUUUUGAAAGCUUUCUAAUAAACACUUCAGAGUCAUAUAAGCUACAGUUUUCUCAACAAAAGCUGUCCUAAGACUGGAGACUGCUAAAUAAUUCUCCCGAUACAAAUGAUCAUGAUUAUAUUUUUGAAAAGGGCAUGUGGGGAAGAGUUGGGAUUUUCAUUUGUUUAUUUAUAGGAGAAAAGUAAAGCUUAUUUUGCAAGAAGGCCAAGCAGCACUCCUGGAAGAUUUUUUAAAGAGGCACAGAUCAGUGGAGUGGAACAAAGUAAUUUAAGUACCAAAUUGGAUUUUGAUCCUCUAGAGGAAGAAAAGCAGCAAUGGCAAGUCACCAGCAGAUACUGUCAUGAGAAGUCUGAGGAAAGAAAUACGGUGAUGCUUGAUUGAAACCUCCAGAAUAUAAGGGGGCUCCAGUAGCUUUUCUUAUUGCUCUCCCCUUUCUGAGGGGAGAUGAACAGUUGGACCAGCACAGCUGUUGCUGCAGGAGGCCUAUGAAGAACUGGUUAAUGCAGCCACUAGGAUUAUAUGUAACACCUAAUUCAGGGACACAAUCUAGCCCAGCAGUUCUGCUUUUACUUCCUUUUCUUAUUUCAGAGAUCAUUGUUAAGAUAAUGCUUCAUUCAGCUUUUUCUUUUGAAGCUACUAAGAUUUAGUUGAUGCAAAAAAUUGGUAGAGAAAAGAAAAUACCCUCUUUCCACAACAUCAUCUCAGAAAAAGAAGUACAACAGCCAAGGAGCAACAUACUUGUGGUAAAAGACCAUUUCUUAACUCAUUUUGAUACAUGAAUUAACGAGUUUCUCUGUUUGCAGUACUUGGAUUGAUUUGGGUAUUUCAGUUUCUCUGUCCAUUAGGAAGUAUACACUGGAAUGGGGCAGCCUGGUGUUCUGUGUCCACUUGUAUCAAAUUACUGUUAAUUAAUGAUUAUUUCAAUGCAAAAAUAAAGGAAGGAUUUACUAGGAAUUGAAUGUAUAUGGCGAAAUAAUACUUGCCUGUUAAAGAAAACAAGACACUUUAAAAAAAUCAAAGACACAGAAGCAAAACUUUGCCUAUUAAUAGAGGCAUGAAGGGCCACAAAUGCUUGGGGUUUUUUUUUUUCAUAAGAUUUGAACCAAUUGAAAUUAGACCAAAUCUUUUUCUACCUUUUUUUUUUUUUAAAUUGUCUAAGCUCACUCAUUCUUGUAAGAGCACUUUUAAGUAUCUAAACAAAUUUCUGAAAUCUGGUCCAAAGUUCACUUGAUAGCUUUAUUAAGUGUGUAGUGCUGCUUGUGUCUAUGCAAAAGCACAAAAUAACAGUGCAGUUGUUUGGAAUAUACACUGUGGAUUCCAUAAGGUAGCAGUGAAAAGAAGAAUCCAUAACAGAAGCUACUGAAGGUUAUCAUCAGAUUUUCUAUGAACAAGUUAAUUGGGCAAUCAGGUGCCUAAUUUGAGCGUGCUAUUUCUGCAGUUAUUUACAGAUUGUGUAAUUUACAUGCACAAGUGGAAAGAUACCCUUGCAUGCAUGAAAUUACUUGAUUGUUUGCCCAGUUGUGUUCUUUAAGUCACAAAAAAAGAGAAACAGACUCUGAAAUCCAGUAAGACCCUGAGAUAUA